GACUUUAACCACUUCUCAUGAAUGAGUGCUCGGAUUUCUGCCGUUGCUUGUGUGACGAACCGUUUUAGCUCACUCAAGAUAUCACUCAGGUCUAAGCAUUUAAUUAAUUUAUUUACUCGCUAUUAAUCAUCAAUUUUAUUAAUUUAGCCAAUCAAGCGCUAAAAACACAGCCACCACCCCUCCAAUCCAACCCCACCCCCUUUGGCAGCGAUGUCACAUUUAACUAUCCCACCUUGACACGUGACGUGCCACACUAGACUCUUGACAAGAGUACGCUCCCCUUUUCCUAUCUUGGCAAACAUCCGUUGACCCCCCCCCCCCCUUGUUGGGAGCGGCUGGUCACUUCAAAGUGCCCAUUCAACUCAACGCCUCGGGCAACGCUGUUCGUCUGGCACUAGCCUUUAUCAAGGUAUAAUCUCCAUUGAUGUACCCAGCUCUGAUAAUCUCCCCUUCAUAAUCCACCUGACCACCUGGGCUGAUUUCCUGGGCUUUCAACUCGCGCCCUCGCGCAAUGUCUAUCUCCCGGAAACUCUCGUCACGGUCAAGCGUGGACCCCUUUUGUCAAAGACGUCAAAUAGUCUAGACCACCUUUGCACCUAUCUCCCGCCACUCACCCCCCCCCUUGGCUAUCCACGUGUAUAUGGACAAACUUCAUCGUCCGAUCUCAUUCACGCUGGAGAGCCCAGAGGGAGCACAUCUAUCUCUUGCUUGAGCUCUAGACUAUUUUCAUUCCCUUAUUUCACUUUGGAUUGGUGCUUUUAUCUAUAGGCUACACCCGCCUGAAAUCUUAGCAACCUAAAGCUGAUAGCAGAUUUGCUGGCACCAGAUCUGUAGACAUCAGACCUACUCAUCCUUCAAGAGUCCAAGUAACAACGCUAGCCACAGACUCGUCACUGGCUUAACUGAUUGGUAGACGCAGCUUAGCUCUGCAACCAUACAAGUUGGACUGCACACGGAGCCUGGAUCCACUACGCCAGCCCACCAGCAGACAGCAUCAGUACCAGCCACACCCGUCUCACCAGUGCAGCACAGGACCAAAAGCUAAGCAACCAGCCUAAUGACACUCAGGCCACUUGGUUCUAAUAUCUGAUGAUGAUAGUCCUAUAUAUGUAAAUACGCUAGAUUCCAUACUAGCAACUGUACAGCAUUUCACCUUUCAUUAUCUUAUGUUGUAUAAUAAACUGUACAUAAGUUUACAUCUAAAUAUAGUAUUUGUUGCCUGCAUUAUAACGCUGUGCUUGUAGUUUAUAUGUGCAAGUAAGGAUUCUCAAACCAUAAAAAUCCCCUAGACACCCAAAACGGCCAAAUCUUAAUCCGACUUGUCACAAUGGCGAGCCUCGUCCGGGAUUUACCCAACUAAUACUGCAAGCACAGCAGGCAACUCCCCAGUAUUCUAACUAUCAUCAUUGUUAGAGCACAAGACUAUAGAGUGUCAUUCAGAGCUAUUUUAUUUUUCUAAAUUUGUAUUGCUGUAAUUGUACUUCCUUUACAGGUUCUUAAGCACCAAACAAAGGUUAAUACCACCUUUCCUGUAACUCUUAAGUAAUUGCUUUCAGCAGCUCCAUCAUCGUCUCCACCUCUUACUCUACCUUCCGCCUUUCCCCUUCAUCACCCACCCCCCACCAUCCUAGCACCCCUCACCACCAUGGCCAGUGGCACACGCUCCAAAGCGGACUCUGACAUGAAACAAAAAAUAGCUGAACUCAGAGAACUCGCGGCCGUCAUGUAUGACGAUGAGGCAAAGCAGAAAGAAUAUGUGAGGGCAGAAUUUGAGAAGGAGAGGGAAGAAAGUAGAAAGGAGAAGGAAAGGGAACAUGAAAUAGCUAUGGAAAGAGAGAAAAGGGAAGCUGAAGUAGCUAUAGCUAUAGCUAAAGAAAAGGAAAUCACGGAGCGAGAAAGGGAAAAAGAAAAACAAAUAACUGAGAGAGAAAGGAUAGCCGCGGAGAAAGAGAACGGAACCGCCAGUCAAGCUUCCUCCGGAUCUCGCCCGGCUAGCCCUGCCUCCCAGCAAAGUUCCUCAAACGGCCUACCCCACAUGCCAAUGGAGCACUUCGACGACAAGACAGAGAACAUCGAAGUUUAUCUUGUCCGUUUCGAAGAAGUUGCGAGCUACUACGGUCUGCCAGAGGAGAAAUGGUGCUUCCGGCUAUCCCAAUGCCUCCGAGGCAAAGCCUACGAAGUUUACUCUAAACUUCCCUCCGGCCAGCGAGAAGACUACGCAGCCCUCAAACAGGCGCUACUCGUCCAAUUCGAGCUGACUGCCGAGGCUUACCAAAAGAAAUUCAGGACAUCCCGCCUAGAGCGCCGAGAGACCUACGGUAAUCUCUGCGACAGGUUGGACAAAUACCUGAAGAGGUGGCACACUCUUAGCGAACUGCCAGAGACUUUGGACGGCCUAGUGAGCCUCAUACUCGCAGAGCAGUUGCUAGAGUGCAUGCCUAACGAUGUCAAAAUCUUUGUUAGGGAGCAGCAAGCCGCUACACCAGCCGACAUAGCUUCAGCUGCAGACCGGUACGCGACUGCCCGCAAAGACGUUAAGGACAUCAAAAGCAAGACCUCAGCCUCGGACAAACCAGAGGACCAGUCCACUUCUUCUAACAAACACGCUCCUUCUAGCCAACCCUCUCCUUUUGCUAAACCUCAUCACCAAAAAGCGCCAAUCCAACGACCAGCCACGCCUACUAGCUACGACAGACGAAGCCACCCGCCUCGACAUGGCCAGACCAAUAACCAUCACCGUGACCGGAACAGCACGAGUGAUCACAGGCCCAAUCGACAGCAUCAGGCCCCACGUACUGUGUCAGCCGUGACUGAGCUCCCUGAACCCUCUUUGCAUAAUCAGCCAUCGCCUCUUGAUGAGGAAGAGGAGGACUAUUACGUCAUAUCAGCGCUGACCGUGGCCCCUGAACCCACUGCUUGUGGCCUUACCCAACCGAUACCGCCUCACCCCAUCGUAUCACCCCCUGGGGUAGAGAUUAUUCUGAUUAACGGAUCUCCUGUCCAGGCACUAUUCGAUUCCGGAUGUGAGGUAAGCUCUGUCAUCAGCAAAGCACUGGUCGACCCAUCGGAUCUCACUGGUGGAUCAGUGACGGUUCAAUCUCUAGACCGUGGCAUUCCUCCGAAGGUGUAUCCUAUCGCUAGGGUCCACGUAGAAUGCAAGUAUGUACAUGGCACCAUUGAUGCAGUAGUCAUGGACUCGCCAGUAUACGACUUUGUUCUAGGCUCCAGGUACAUACCUCUAGGAGUUGUCGAUAAACCAUACUUCUCUCUGCCCGUUGGUAGAACGACAAAGCAGAAAGGUGGCAGCAACCAGCCGGUUGGAAGCCCUGGUCGCCACUCUAACAAAUCCUUUACUGGCUCCUCAGCCAAGCUCAAGCCGCGCCACCCUGGCACUGGCACUGCCGGGAAAUCACGAGGUGAGCGUAAUAACUACACUCGUGAAGGUCCGUUUAACUCCUGCUCCUCAGCAAUCAAACCGCUCAUCCCUGGCACUGGCACUGCUAGGAAGUCACGAGGUAAGCGAAAUACCUACACUCGUGAGAGUCCUUGUAACUCCCGCUCUUCAGCUAUCAAACCACUCAUCCCUGGCACUGAUCCUGCCAGGAAGUCACAGAGGAAAGUAAACUUUCACUCUCGUGAAAGUGGACCUCAUCACGGCUCCACCCACACUUUAAGGCCACUCUUCCCUGACAUUGACCGUGUCUGGAAAAUUAGAGGUAAGCCGAUAAAUCGCACUCACGAAGAAACGCCUCACUAUGGAUUUAGAGAUAAGCCCCGUCCAACAUACGCGCAUUGGGCCCUCCGCCAUAACUUCCAUCCCACUUACUGGUCUGCCCCAAGAAGGAGAUGUACCCAAUCCUAUCCACCAGGCCUAUUUCCCCAGGUUUCCAGAAUUGCCCCUUCCACGUGGCAAUCCGCCUGCGGACAGAACAUAGGCGACAGCGGACCCUUAGGACGGACACCCCUCUGGACCUUGGCAACCUCUUAACUCUGGGAAAAAUUUUCUUAAAUGCUACGACCGACAGUAGACGAAACUUGAGCGAUACCAGCGUGAGCACUUUAUAGAUCUUUUAACCAAGACCUAUCUUACGCAGGGAGGGUUGUGACGAACCGUUUUAGCUCACUCAAGAUAUCACUCAGGUCUAAGCAUUUAAUUAAUUUAUUUACUCGCUAUUAAUCAUCAAUUUUAUUAAUUUAGCCAAUCAAGCGCUAAAAACACAGCCACCACCCCUCCAAUCCAACCCCACCCCCUUUGGCAGCGAUGUCACAUUUAACUAUCCCACCUUGACACGUGACGUGCCACACUAGACUCUUGACAAGAGUACGCUCCCCUUUUCCUAUCUUGGCAAACAUCCGUUGACCCCCCCCCCCUUGUUGGGAGCGGCUGGUCACUUCAAAGUGCCCAUUCAACUCAACGCCUCGGGCAACGCUGUUCGUCUGGCACUAGCCUUUAUCAAGGUAUAAUCUCCAUUGAUGUACCCAGCUCUGAUAAUCUCCCCUUCAUAAUCCACCUGACCACCUGGGCUGAUUUCCUGGGCUUUCAACUCGCGCCCUCGCGCAAUGUCUAUCUCCCGGAAACUCUCGUCACGGUCAAGCGUGGACCCCUUUUGUCAAAGACGUCAAAUAGUCUAGACCACCUUUGCACCUAUCUCCCGCCACUCACCCCCCCCCCCUUGGCUAUCCACGUGUAUAUGGACAAACUUCAUCGUCCGAUCUCAUUCACGCUGGAGAGCCCAGAGGGAGCACAUCUAUCUCUUGCUUAAGCUCUAGACUAUUUUCAUUCCCUUAUUUCACUUUGGAUUGGUGCUUUUAUCUAUAGGCUACACCCGCCUGAAAUCUUAGCAACCUAAAGCUGAUAGCAGAUUUGCUGGCACCAGAUCUGUAGACAUCAGACCUACUCAUCCUUCAAGAGUCCAAGUAACAACGCUAGCCACAGACUCGUCACUGGCUUAACUGAUUGGUAGACGCAGCUUAGCUCUGCAACCAUACAAGUUGGACUGCACACGGAGCCUGGAUCCACUACGCCAGCCCACCAGCAGACAGCAUCAGUACCAGCCACACCCGUCUCACCAGUGCAGCACAGGACCAAAAGCUAAGCAACCAGCCUAAUGACACUCAGGCCACUUGGUUCUAAUAUCUGAUGAUGAUAGUCCUAUAUAUGUAAAUACGCUAGAUUCCAUACUAGCAACUGUACAGCAUUUCACCUUUCAUUAUCUUAUGUUGUAUAAUAAACUGUACAUAAGUUUACAUCUAAAUAUAGUAUUUGUUGCCUGCAUUAUAACGCUGUGCUUGUAGUUUAUAUGUGCAAGUAAGGAUUCUCACACAUAAAAAUCCCCUAGACACCCAAAACGGCCAAAUCUUAAUCCGACUUGUCACAGCUUGUAAAACGUGCUUGGUACUUCGACGUGUGUGGCUGCCAAAGCACCCUCCCUUGCGAGGGCGUCUGCCGUUUUGUUACCCCUCACGCCGCAAUGUGAGGGCACCCGCUGCAUAAAAACGACAGCUCCAAUGGCUCGGCGGAUGUUAUCUGCGGCGCCG